AUGGUGUCCGAGACAUUUCAAAGACUCCCGCUCAGGAAGUUGGUGGACUACUACAAGAUUGUCAAGAACCCUGUUUCAUUACAUGGGGUCGGACGUUCUGUCAAGAAUGCGAAGUACAACAAUGCUCAAGAGUUUGUGACCGACUUGGCGCAGAUCGCCUGGAAUGCGAGACUAUACAACGUGAGAGGCUCGUUCAUCUAUGCUCAUGCGUUGAUUUUAAACGCGUAUAUUUUGGAGAAGGUGAUCCCUAAGCUUGCCAGUGACAAGUCUUUAGGUCAAGUGUAUUACCCAGAUUUGGGUCCAUUGCCCGAAGGAGAUGAACCAGUUGCUGGUGCGAUUCUAACUGGUGGAGAAGGUUCUCCAGACGAGGAAGAGUAUGAGGAUGACGAUACUCAAAGGAGUAUCAUCCAAUCACAACCACAAAUCCAAUCAUUACAACAACCAUCUGCACCAACACCACAAUCUCAACAACAAUCUCCACCACCGAUUCAGUACACUCCACAGCCAUAUGUAGGCGGAGGAGGAUACUCUCUUCAAGGUAGUCCUGAUGUUAGCGUGGGUCCUAAUGACCACCAUCUUUCUGCUCUUGCCGCAAACAAUGCUCUUACCAAUAAACUCAAUACUCGUGGGCCAUCACCUUACGGAGCCGUGGGGACAGCUCCAAUCUCUGCAACUCCCGCAGCUUCAGGAAUACGUAGAGGUAGACCACCAAUUAUCGAUAAGCCAUAUGAGACAAGAAUCAAACUUAUUUUGAAACAAUUCAAGAAACUUAGACUUCCUAAUGAUCCAAGUUAUAAUCUCACUACGAACUUUGACAGAUUACCGGACCCUAAGUACAAUUCUAGUUACUAUGCUGUGGUAAAAACUCCAAUUUCGCUCUUCGAAAUCAGAACAAAGGUGAGAACUAGAAAAUACCAUACAGUGGAUGAAUUCAUAUCUGACAUAAAUUUAAUGUUUUCCAAUACCAAAUUUUUCUAUUCAAAUGAUCAAUUGUCUCCAGUAUAUCAGGAAGCACUCUUGUUUGAACAAGAAGCCAAUAAAAUCAUCCAUCAAGAAUUACUGAAACCAGAGAAGGAUCUUCUUACCGCCAACACCCCUGGUGGAGACGGGAUCAUUAGAAUCCCGCUUGAUUCUCUUGAUGUCGAGGGAUAUACCUACAGGAUAGGUGAUUGGGUACUUAUCAAGAAUGCCAAUGAUCCUACCAGACCUACAGUGGGGCAAAUUUUCAGACUUUGGGCUACCGAAGAUGGAACCAAGUACACCAACGUCUGUUGGUACUACCGUCCUGAACAAACUUGUCAUCGCGUUGACAGACUUUUCUUCACCAAUGAAGUUUGUAAAACUGGUCAAUACCGUGAUCAUCUCGCACUGGAGAUUGUUGGUCCUUGUUACGUCAUCUUUUUGACUAGAUACCAGAAGGGAGAUCUUCCAGAGGGUGUGAUCCCACAGGGAUGUCCAUGGUUUAUUUGUGAGUUCCGUUAUAAUGAAAAUUCACAUGUUUUCAAUAGAAUUAGAACCUGGAAAGCUUGUUUACCAGAUGAAAUCAGAGAUAAAUCAGAACAACCUCUUUUACCACUUCAUGAACCAAGAAAAUUGAUCAAGUUUGAUUCUCCAAUCCGUAAUUUGUUACCUAAUGGCGUUGAUUCCCACAUGCAAAUCUUGGAUGCUACACCUGGUCCUAACCCAAACACUCCACCAAUUGUUGGUUCAGUGUAUCUUCGUGGAGCUGCUGAUGAUGAUGAAUUGGGACAAUACUCUUCAAGUCCAAAUGUGGUUAGAAGUGCAGAAAAUGAUAACGCAGGCGACGGUAGAACGGCAUACCUUUUCACUCCUCCGCUGCAAGCCAAAAUGUCUGGUAGUAUGUAUCCUCCACAUAGUUCACAUGUACCACCAAGUACUGGUAACAGUGGAUUGAGUACACCUAUCCCAUUCAAUAACAACAAUACACUUGUCAAUAACAAUAGUGGACUCAACAAUACCACAAAUUUGGUUGGAACUGGUAUUAGUGGAAGUUCUAUUGCAAGUGCCACUCCUGCAACUGCCCAAGGAUAUUAUGAUUCACCUGUCAACACUUCAGGACUUCAAGGGUACAACAAUAGCAUUGUUCCAGGUAACAGCGUCAAUAGUGGUGUCGCUGCCACUGGUGCUACUGGAUCACCAUAUGGUGCUAACAAAGUUUCAUAUGCUGCUAGUAUGAGCAUAUACAAACAGCAUUUACAACAACAACAGCAACAACAUCAACAAUAUCAACAACAUAGAUAUGCAGUAAGACAAGAAGCUAAACGUGCCGUUACUCCCACCAUGUCUGCACCUGCAUCGGUCGCAAGCAAUACAUACACGAGUGCUGCUACUUCGAUCUAUUCCAAUGCAUUGAUUGGCGGAAUUCUUGCUUACUCCACUGUUGAUGAAACAGACUCACUCAUAGAAUUGACGGAGGGAAUUAACAACAAGAAAAGAAAGAUACAACAAGAUGAAGAUGAAGAGGACGAAGAAGUGACCGAAAUUGUGUGGUACCGUGCACCACCAAUUUCCAUUCAACAGAGGAUUUUAACUUCAAAUGGUAAAGAACUUGGCCAUUCAGCAAAAUACCUUGCCUGGAAAGCAAGUCAAAAUGUAUAA